GCGGGCAUCUCUUUUCUUAAGCCACCAUCUAAAAAAUCAAAGACUUCACAAGUUUCAUUGGCCUCGGUUUUCUUCUUCUUUCUUGAUUCUCUAAAUUCAAUUGCAGUAACGACGGAACAUCUGUACUACACAUAGAAAAAGGCAAAAUGUCCACCCCCGUUGUCGAAAACGUCCCCCAGCCCGUUCCCGAGCAGGUCGCCGCCGCGGCCCCACCUCCCCUCGGCUACGCCGCCAGUGCCCCCACUCAUGGCGCCAACACCGCCACCUCAGCUAGCUUGUACGUCGGAGAGCUCGACCCGACCGUCACCGAGUCCAUGCUCUUCGAAAUUUUCAACAUGAUCGGGCCUGUGGCGAGCAUCCGCGUGUGUCGCGAUGCGGUGACGCGCCGCUCCCUCGGCUACGCGUACGUCAACUAUUUGAACGCCGCCGACGGUGAGCGCGCUCUGGAGCAGCUGAACUACUCCAGCAUCAAGAACCGCCCUUGCCGCAUCAUGUGGUCCCAGCGCGACCCGGCCCUGCGCAAGACUGGCCAGGGCAACAUUUUCAUCAAGAACCUUGACGAGCAGAUUGACAACAAGGCCCUGCACGACACGUUUGCGGCGUUCGGUAACGUCCUCUCGUGCAAGGUCGCUACCGACGAGCACGGCAACUCCAAGGGCUACGGCUUCGUCCACUACGAGACGGCCGAGGCGGCCGAGAACGCCAUCAAGUCCGUCAAUGGCAUGUUGCUCAACGACAAGAAGGUGUACGUCGGCCCGCACAUCUCGCGCAAGGAGCGCCAGUCGAAGAUCGACGAGAUGCGCGCGCACUUCACGAACCUCUACGUGAAGAACAUAGACCCCGAGGUCACUGACGAGGAAUUUGAGAACCUCUUCAAGCAGUACGGCCAGGUUCAGUCGUCGCUGCUCAAGCGCGAUGACCAGGGUCGCAACCUCGGCUUCGGCUUCGUUAACUUCGAAACUCACGAGGAGGCGCAGAAGGCCGUCGACGCCCUGCACGAGUCCGACUUCCAUGGGCGCAAGCUCUACGUCGCUCGCGCGCAGAAGAAGGCAGAGCGCGAAGCCGAGCUCCGCAAGCAGUACGACCAGGCGCGUCAGGAGCGCAUGAACAAAUACCAGGGCGUCAACCUGUACAUCAAGAACCUCGAGGACGACGUCGACGACGAGAAGCUGCGCGCCGAGUUCGAGCCCUUCGGCACGAUCACCUCUUGCCGCGUCAUGCGCGACGAGCGCGGCAAGUCCAAGGGCUUCGGCUUCGUCUGCUACAGUGCCCCCGAUGAGGCGACCAAGGCCGUCGCGGAGAUGAACAACAAGAUGAUCGGCUCGAAGCCGCUGUACGUGUCGCUCGCGCAGCGCAAGGAGAUCCGCCGGCAGCAGCUCGAGAGCCAGAUCGCGCAGCGUCAGCAGCUGCGCAUGCAGCAGGUCGCCGUGCAGGGCGGCUACAUGGGCGGCCCCAUGUACUACCCGCCCCCUGGCCCCUACGGCGCGCCACAGGGUCGCGGCAUGAUGGGCUACGGCCAGCCCGCGAUGAUGCCGCCCCGUCCGCGCUACCCGCCGCAAACGGGUGGCAUGCCCAUCCCUGCGCCAUACGGUCAGGCGCCGCCCCCUCCUCAGGGCUACCCUGUGCCGCCUGCAGGCCGCGGUGCGCCUCGCGCCAACGGUGCCCCUGCGCCUACGUCGCCUGUUGCGGGUCGUGCUCAUACGCGUCCCCAGGGUAAGGGUCCGGGAAGUCCCAAGCGUGCGGCUGCCCCCGCCCAGGCGAUGCCCGCGCCUCAGCCCACGGAGCCCGGUCAGAUCAACAUGGCCGCCUUCAACUCCGUCUCUCCCAUGGAGCAGAAGCAGAUGCUCGGCGAGGUCAUCUACAUCAAGAUUGCGCCUCAACAGCCUGAGCUCGCCGGUAAGAUCACCGGUAUGCUCCUGGAGAUGGACAACCAGGAGCUGCUCACGCUCCUCGAUUCGCCCGAGGCGUUGACAGGCAAGGUCAACGAGGCCCUCAGCGUCCUCCAGGACUUCACGAAGUAAACGUUGUAAUCGUAUGUAUUCAGGGUUCGUGUUCGGCGGGGACAUUGGUUGGCUGGGUAAUUGGUGCGCCCGAGGCCCCCAUCGCGCGCACCACGGGGACAUCGACUCCACUGGGAUACACGGCUGUCUGUCCCAUC